AUGUCUAAGACCAGUAAGAUAGCAUUGGCGGAAGCCCUGGCCCUGGGGUCCAACUGGAGGCAUCUUUGUUACGUGAUGCUGUACGCACCCAAUCCAGAGGUGCUCUUCGACCGCAUCCCGCUGCGCUAUGCUGUGCUGAUGUACAUGCGCUUCGAUGGGCGACUGGGCUUCCCUGGCGGGUUUGUGAAUGGGCACAGCUCCAGCCUGGAGGACGGGCUGAGUAAGGAACUGCUGAAUAAGCUGGGCGAUGGUGCGUCUACUUUCACCAUGGCGCCCACCGACUACCGAACCUCCCUCGCCGAUGCCAAAUCCGAAGUGGUGGCCCACUUCUAUACCAAGUGUCUGACACUAGAGCAGCUCCAGGCUGUGGAAGCCAGGGCACCGCUAGCCAACGACUAUGGGCUAGAGGUCUUGGGCCUGGUGCGGGUGCCGCUGUAUUCCUUGCAUGAUGGUGUGGGAGGCCUGCCUGCAUUCCUGGAGAACUCGUUCAUUGGGGUCGCCAGGGAGCAGCUACUGGAAGCCCUCCAGGACUUAGGAAUUCUGGCUCCUGAAAUCGUCUCAUUACUCAAGGAGCGAGUCGCGCGUCAUAAGCAGCUCUUGGGCUUGGGUGGGACCUGA